UUAGUUUUCAUUCGAAUUUUCACCGCCGUCAUCACUGCCAUUGUUGAAUGAUAUCUCGGGGGCUUUUAUUACGUUUUUUUUUGCUCGCUAGGUUUGUUAAGGGAAAGUGUCGCAAUAUUACAACUAAUUUUAUUCACGCCUCACCUGCGGCAAACAACAGAAGUUGACCUUUACGAAAACGUGUGAGAAUUUGGGCUAAUUAUUCGAAUCGUACCGAACCUGAAGGGUGUGCUACGGCCACUACCUUGCGUGUCCGUGCGUAUGUUCGUGUGAACAAGCUAGUUACCGAAGGAUAAUCAGUAGCAAACCGAAGCCGAGAAGAUGGUUGUACGUCUGCUAACAAUAACACUACUGAUAGCCGCCUGCCGUGCGGAUAUUCCAUUGUUUGAAUUUGGAUUGGAUCCGGUUGCACAGGAGGUCAAAAACAGCCUUAAACAGAGUGAAGCGGAGUCGGUGUUCGAUGGUUAUUCCAAAGAUAAACCGAUAGUUCCGUUCCCCGAACCGUCAAAUCAAUGUGAAGGCGGACCGGAUGUGUGUGGAUACACGUAUGACAAACCGUCCUGUCCGUGGGAAGAACGUACGGAAUACAUCACUACAGUGGUUACAGAUGUGCAAAGAUUCACGGAAACCACAACCAUAUCCCCCUUUUGUGGUGCUACCAAUUCUUACUUGCCCCCAGCAGAUACGACGGUUGUCGUCGUACCUCCAUCAACUUCAACAAUAACUUCCCAAGCGUCUCCGGUUACUUCUACUCGUACGAUAACACCGACGACCACCAUCGUAAUCAGCAAAACGCCAAUUGUUACCUCCACUCGUACUAUUACACCUACAACCACAAACAUCAUCACCGCAAGCAGCACCUCAAUAACUAGAACUAUCACUCCAACGUCUACCUAUUUGAGUUACCUACCAUCGGUGUCGAUCACAAGAACUAUUACACCCACAUCCACCAAUUUGGUAUACGUCGACGAAGUUACAGUAACAAGAACGGUGACACCAACUUCGACGAACAUAUUCUACAAUCCAUCCGUGACUGUCAACCGAACAGUAACUCCCACUUCAACCAACUUAUUCUACGAUGCUUCAGUAACUGUUAACCGAACAGUAACUCCCACUUCAACCAACUUAUUCUACGAUGCUUCAGUAACUGUUAACCGAACAGUUACACCGACCAGCACAAAUGUAUUCUAUGAACCAGCUACAACUGUAAACAGGACCGUUACUCCAACAUCCACGAAUUUGUUCUACGUAGCAUCCGUUACAGUGAACCGAACUAUAACACCUACCUCAACGAGACUUUCGUAUUUGGAUUCGGUUACCGUGAACAGAACGAUCACUCCUACAUUCACGCAGCUUUACACCUACCCAUCAACGAACACUCAAACCAGAACGAUCACACCAACAUACGUGAUUCAAAAUACGGCCGACACGACCACCGUGACCAGAACAAUCACACCAACCUUCGUUGUGCAAACGUCCGUCGAAACCACCACCGUUACCCGCACAUUCACACCAAGCCAAGUGACCACGACCACCGCCUCGUUCACCAACACCAUCACCCGUACGGUAACUCCGCAGGCGACCAGCACUACGACUGUGACCGCCCCGGUACAGACCAUCACGGUGCGUGAUAGGACUACCGUCACCGUCGUUCCAACACAGUAUUCCACACCGACGAUUUAUUCUACCGUAACUCUGCAACCGAUGACGCAAUCCGUCUGCAAACCGGCCAAUACCUAUCUGCCCGAUCGAGAUGCACCGAUCAGCAUUCGAACGGAAACCGUCACUCAGCUAUUAACCGAAACGGUCAUCAGCUGUACACCGACGAACGCGUAUCUUCCUGCCGCAACAGAAGCAACUGCCGCGUACAAACGAUCGCCACUUUCCCGAGACAUCCAACCACCAGAGGAAAAUUUAAUCUAAGAAGCGAUCGCGGCGACCAGGACGAAGUGAUAUGGAACGGCCUACCGUUUAGGUUGACGGAUUAAACUAGUGCAUUGACGGACGACGUGUACCUUAGCUUUUACAAAGAACAAUUGAAAAAUACUCUAUUAGAAUAAAUGUUCAACAAGAAUAAGACCAAAUUUAAAGCCAUGGCUUUGUGCUCGAAAAAAACGAAUCUGUUAGCUUUCCUCUCGUAAAGCUUUGAUUUGAAUCUGUUACAUUCGACGAUUGACACUCAACAGCAGUUUGCUCUAAAUUAGAUUAUUCACUGUCAGAUUACUGCCAUUUUACCACAAUAUGUUAACUUUGGUUUUAAUAACUGUUUAGAUUAGUUUUCGAACUGCACUUAAUUAUGUUGAUUACAAUUUUCAGCAGCAAAUCCUUGACCAAGGAAAGUUGUACACAGUGGAAAUUAUUUUAUUUUUAUUUAUGAAACAGAUUACACUUGCAAAUAGCUUGAGAGUAUUGAACAUCUUGAUUUUAUUUUGAACAGCUAAUGAAGCUCAAUUAUCAUGUCAGGAACUUGCUGAUGACAACAACAAAACAAGAAAACUAGCACAAAACGAUUCAACACAAAUAUUUGGACGGUUGAGUAUCUAGGAUCAGUUCAGCUAUGUGUUACUGUGAUUUUUUGUCGACGAAUGACCAGUUAGUUAACAUAUUAAUCAUUCCGAAAUAUAUAGUCUCUGAGACAUAAAAUACUCAACAA